AUGGACCGAGGCAGUAACUUGACAGUGCCAGCGCGUUGGGAAGACAGGAAUCUUCGCAAAUACCUUAACAAACCUGAUGUUGUAAAAGAAAGUAGGUGGAUCGGUGGUAUCUACGAUUACGGAGCAAGGUCCUGGCGGUGGGGAGGAGAUCUCCGCAAGAUGCACUACCAGUCCUUCUCCAAGAUGAAGAAGAUGACCCCCGAAGAACUGAAGUGGCACUGCAUAGCUAUGAUGCCCGACUUACUUUACAGGUGGUCACCUCGCAACUGCAUCGAAGCUCGUCACUACAUCUGCCAAACUAAACUGCAAAAGGUGCCAAAGGCCAAAGUGAAGGACCUGCGUCGUCGCUGGCAACGAAUGGGACAGAUCAAUGAGAUCACUGCACCUAGCGUGAGCAGGGAAAUCAAUGACCCCAUGAUGGUGAAUGACGUCACAGUCAACCCGGUACAUCAUCCAAAAUCAUACGAUCUGCGUCCAAACCACUAUCCUAGAUUUGGGCAGAAGCGACAUGGCACGAGGACGAACGCCAGUCCUACCUCCAAGUAUGAUUUGAGACCGAAUGAGCUGAAGAAGCGAUCGAGGCCCAUCGUCCACCGAAGGCUCAAGAGACCGUUCCCAGGUUACACAUGGAAUCGCCGCGACCCUGAAGGCUCAUACCAACGUAACGCUGAGCUGCUACGUUCUGGCCGCACCGGGCUCACUCCACAGCAAGUGAACGCUCAUCUCGCCAGGCUGAGACAUCUGCGAGACAAACAAGUUGCUCGACGCAAGCGGCUUCGUGACGAUGACUGGCUGGUAAACGAGCCUAGACAAGCCCUCGCCCAGACCCACGCCAGGACCUACACUGUCGACAACAACAUCAGCGCCCUGCACCCCAAGACCAUCGUCGAAGAAUUCAACAUGGAAUUCCCCCACCACCCUGCUGGCCCACCAAAAACGAACCGCAACGCCGGCUAA